AUGAGCUUUAGAUUUGCCCUUGAAAGAUACAUCAAGGAUCCUGAUAGCCAGGGCGAUGCUAUCAUCUACAAAGAUGAGAAGUACGUGGUUAUUAAGGACAAGUUCAACAAAUCAGUGAUCCAUUAUCUUCUUUUACCACGAGACAAGAAUUUAACAAAACUAAAUCCAUUAUCUGCUUUUGAAGAUGAUAUUCUCAAAAAAGAAGUUGAGGAAUUGAUACGGAAGGUUAAAGUAAUGAUACUUGAAAGACUACAAAGAGAGUUUGGUAUCGAGGAAACAGAAGAAUUCAUAAAAGUUGGUGUUCAUAGUGUACCAUCUAUGGCAAACUUACACGUCCACCUUCUGACCAAAGAUAUGAAUUCAGAAAGAAUGAAGCAUAAAAAACAUUACAAUUCAUUUACUACAAAAUUUUUUGUGGACUUUGAUGAACUUCCUUUGAAAGCUGACGAUAAAAGUUCUGAGGCUCAUGUCAUGGAGAACUUAACAAAGACUUCGGAUCUUAAGUGUAUCUACUGUGGUGAGAAUUUCAGUAACAAAUUUGCUCAAUUGAAAAAACAUUUGACCAAAGAGUUCGAAAAGAAAUGCAGAUCUAAGAAAAGGAAAAUAGAAGUCAUUGAGAUAGACUAA